GACUGUUAAAAAAUAUGCUAUGAUGCUAUCUGUAUUGUGUAGACUCUGUAGACCUGUAGUUUAAAAGCGGUAAAUUGUAUUCUGUCCUCGUUUGUGGAACUGUUUUUUUUGGUUGAAAAAAGCGGUUUAUCAUCCUUAUAAACUUUAUAUUGCGUCGUAUUAUAACACUAUACCAAAAUGACGUCUACAGUGAAGCCACGCUCGGAAAUGACUUUAGAUGAGUUAUCUAAAAUUGAAGAAGAAGAAUUUAGUACCGGUCCCCUUUCAGUACUUACACAAUCAGUGAAAAAUAAUACACAAGUUUUGAUAAACUGUCGAAACAAUAAGAAACUUCUAGGCCGUGUGAAGGCUUUUGACCGGCAUUGUAACAUGGUUUUGGAAAACGUCAAAGAGAUGUGGACAGAGGUACCGAGGACGGGUAAAGGAAAAAAGGGCAAAGCUGUAAACAAGGACAAAUUUAUCUCAAAAAUGUUCCUCCGUGGAGAUUCAGUCAUUUUAGUUUUAAGAAAUCCACUCGCAACUGCUGCAGGAAAAUAAACUUCUGAAACAACCUCAAAGAUAAAAAGCUUAAUAUAAGUUUGAUAAAAUUAACUCUAAACAUUAAAUUUUAAUAUAAAUUUAAUUAAUAACUACCAACAAUACUUGUGAAAACCAGAAUUUUAUACCUUUUUACAUGUCAUCUAAUGAUAACCUGGUGAUAUAAAUUAAAAAUAACAAAAUUCCAACGUAAAUUUCAUAGUGUAAUAAAUAAUUAUCAAUAA